AUGCCAGUCAUAUAUUUGUAUCCAAAAAAAGAAAUGGAUGUUAAUGUUAACAUCAAAAUCAAUGAUGGAAUUUUUUCAUUUGUUUACCCAUCUUUCGAUGAAGGAAGCACAUGGAAAGUUAAAGCAUAUCCAUCAGGAGAAAUCGAACACCUUGGAAAGAAGAUGAGAUAUCUCUUCUGGGAAACACUCUUCUAUCCUAAUCUCAACAUGGGACGAGGUUUCAUCAUCAAAGGCGAAGAUUGUGUUGAUUUCUUCCAUGAUAAACUCAAAAUGAUGAAUCUCAAUGAUUGUGAGAUAUGUGACUUCAUCACAUACUGGUGUCCAAAACUUGUCUCUUACAAAUUCGUCAAAAUAUGCUUCCAAUUCGAAAACUUCGACGAUAUGUGUCCACUGACUGUCGAACCUAAACCACAAAACAUAAACAGAGUCUUCUUCGCUGCUCUUCCUCUCGACUCCCCUUGUGAUAUUGAACCACAAGAUCUUCCAAGAUUCAAUCGUGAUGGCUUCACAGUUAUCGAGUGGGGCGGAACAAUUGUUUCAACUUUAAACUACUAA